AGUCCUGUAUGGAACAGACAAAGCGUUUUGCAGCCUUGGAGGCCGGUUCUGUUCUCUCCUUGUGCCUCCAAACCCAGCUCCCGCUGGGCCACCCGCUGAGUUUGCACAUCCCUCCCGCUCUGAGCCUGGAAAGAGGCCUUCCCCAAAUCUCUCCCCCUCCCCGCACCAGGGUCCCUGAGAGCCCACCAGCAGUGCAGCAGGGUGGGGCCGACGGACCAGGAAAGUGGCAGAGGCAGGGAAUUCUUAGCUGUGGAGAAAGAGAGGAAAGCCAGACUUCUAGCCUGGGAGUUGACCUAAUGGGAACCAUACCAAAGGGUGGGGCCACAUCCCUGGCUGUGGGAACUGACUGGGCCCAGCCCCGGGGUGGACUGGGCAGCCAGGCAGAGGCUCUGCCUCCCUCGUCCCCCCCACCCUUUCCCUGGGCCUUCUCUUCCCCUGUAGUUGGACACAGUGAAUGUGAUGGGGGGGGGACUGCAUUCCUUUACCCUAAUCCAGCCCCAGGAGAAGUCAGGGUCGAGUCCGGGCUGCUUAGCCUUGGAGGCAACUUGAGCCGGCACCGGGGUGAGGGCUCCUGGGGGGCUACCUAGGACACUACAUCUUUUGUGCCCUCUCCCUGCGGCCGACACCCCCACACGCUGCUGCUCUGAUUCUGAGGCCCUUUGUCUUUCAUUGCUUAGUCACCCCCUUUGUCCUCAUCUCAGAUGGGGGGUGGAAAGGGGCAGUAAGAGUCCUCUGGUGAUGGCUCCUCUUGCCCCUGCCCCCUCUGGUCUCCUGUCCUUUGUCUGACUCCUGCAACCCCAACCCCCUCCAGAGUUAGGGCCAGAGUCAGGGCAUGUGGUGGGUGACUCCAGAAGUGGUGGGCACCAGGGCAGGUAUUAGUGACCUGAGCAGGAAGGGAGGGGGAAAGGAAGUGUUCUGGCGGAUAUGAUUUGGGAGACAGGAGGUGACAAGGCAGAGAGUGGAUAGGGGAAUGGGGGCAGGGGCAGGUGAUCUGCCUCUGGGAAAGGAAAGGCACGGCUGACUGCAUUCUCUUUCCUGGGGAUAUCCUGGGGAAAGGAGUGGCCACAGCAUGGGGUGGGCAGAAAUUUUCCCUCCUUCUGUACCCCUUGCUUCCGUGCCUCCAGAGUCCACCCCCCCCCCCCAGACCUCUUUGCUGAGUUCUCUCCCGUCUAGAACCACUUCCUUCUCCGAAUACUGCCCCUUCCUCCCCAGGCACUCUCCCCACCCCAGGCAUUGGGUUCCUGUUCCUCUCCAGUACCCUAAUUUCCCUAUACACACAGUCCUGCCUCCACCCUGUCCCUGUCUCAUGGGCAGUGAGAAAUAAAAGAUUACUAGAUAUUCCAGGAACAGUUGUGUUCUCGGGGCAAUGUGAGGCCAAAGGAGGGAGCCAGGUGGGGGGAUUCCCUAGGAUGGGUUGACUUUGGGUGCAUCUGGGUUUCUGAGAGAGCAAAUCUUUCUGUGCUGGGGGCUGGCUGACUUGGGGCUGGGGGAGGGUUUUAGGGCAGUUGGGAGUGGGCAGGAACAGGGCCAAGAGCCUGGGGGAAGCUACUGGGAGCUGGGCCAGGGAAAUGGGGAGCCAGGAAGUGGGGAGGGGGAGCCCUGGGGGGAAUGGAGGCGGAAUGGCUGUUCCGGGCUUUGGAGGGUGUGGGUAGUGGUAACUCAGGAACGGGGGAGCCCGAGGGAGAGCGGGAGUGUUAGAGAAGAGGAGGUGCCACCCUGGAUCCUCCUUCUAUAAAAGGAAAAGUCGUUAACCCCUCCUGCCUUAUCCUCUGCCUGCUCCACAUGCCCAUUCCAAGCCGACUCAUCCUACCUUUGGGCAGUAAAUUCCCUGAUGGCUGUCUCCUUGCCUGCCCCAUCUCCCGCCUGGCCGACCGGCCUCUCUCCCACUGUUUGUUCCCAUCCUGAGCCAAAGGCCGGCCACCUCCUUUGUUCUGCCCUCUCGGUGCUUCCUUACCUGUUGCCCACUGCCUUUCCCUGGGCAGUUCUCUCAGUUGCCUCAGCUCUGGAAAGCAGCCUCUAGGGGCAGAGGGCAGCUCAUGAGGGAGCCCUGAGAAAAGGGAGGCCAUGCCAGAUGAGAGAAUGGGAGCGAGAAUUCUCCCGGGACCGUGGCCUUUCUGUGCGUGUUGACCAGGCCCUUUCCCUGACUUCCUACCCCUCCUGGGGCUCUGUCCCACCAAAAAGGGAAAGAGACAGCUGAGAGCCGACUGUGGGGUUUGGGGAAAGGCUAUGUCAUCAGCUGGCCCGGUGCCUAUGAUCCAUCCGGCUGCUAGAGAUUCCCCUCCCCUGGGCAAGUCCCAUUUUUUUUUUAAAGGAAAACAAAAACUAGGAUUUUUGGGAAGCAAUGAGACACCCAUCUGAGUUCCACCAACCAAGCUCCUGUCUGAAUGGCUUAUAGCUCAGCCAAUCGCCGAAGCUCGGGCUGCUUAAAAGAGCUGGCGCGGAGAGAGGCUGGGAAGAACCCACAGGGAGACCCACAGACACAUAGACACGGGAGAGAGAGGAGGAGAGACAGAGACAAAGGCACAGCGGAAGGAGCCAGAGACAGGGCAGGCACAGAGGCAAAGCCAGACAGUCUGAGGGAGCCCAGAAGGAGAGGCCAGAGAAGCUAAAGAAGACACGGGCAGGGAGAGACAAAGACAUAGGAGAGGAGGGGGUGUGAGAGGAGAGUUUGGGGGAAGCCAGGCCACUAGGCGCCUCUCCUAAGCCUAAGGGCCAAGUUUUCCCCAUCUCCUCUGACCGGCCCCGGCCCCUCUGAAAACUCUGCCUCUGACCUUGGCACAAGUCCGAGCCCCCAGGCUGCAGAGAGGAGCUUUCCAAAGCCAGGGCGGGGAGGACUUGGUGCCCAGACGGCCUCAAUCCCUCCCAGCCGCGGCACCAGUGCCAUGAACAGGACGGACCGGCAUCCCAGGAGGGGCUUGGCGGGGUGCUGGCCGUGGGGAGCCCGACCCCGCCUGCCGCUCCCCCCUGCGCCCGUCUCCCUGCCGCCGCUGCUACUGCUGGCCUCCCUCCUGCCCUCGGCCCGGCCGGCCAGCCCCCUCCCCCGGGAGGAGGAGAUCGUGUUUCCAGAGAAGCUUAACGGCAGCAUCCUGCCGGGUCUGGGCGCCCCUGCCAGGCUUCUGUACCGCCUGCCAGCCUUUGGGGAGACGCUGCUGCUAGAGCUGGAGCAGGACCCCGGCGUGCGGGUCGAGGGGCUGACGGUGCAGUACCUGGGCCAAGCACCUGAGCUGCUGGGAGGGGCAGAGCCGGGCACCUACCUCACCGGCACCGUCAACGGAGACCCAGAGUCGGUGGCAUCUCUGCACUGGGACGGGGGAGCCCUGUUAGGGGUGCUGCAGUAUCGGGGGACCGAGCUCCACAUCCAGCCCCUGGAGGGAGGCACCCCUAACUCUGCCGGGGGCCCCGGGGCUCACAUCCUACGCCGGAAGAGUCCUGCCAGCGGCCAGGGCCCCAUGUGCAACGUCAAGGCUCCCCCCGGGGACCCCAGCCCCAGCCCCCGAAGAGCCAAGCGCUUCGCUUCACUGAGUAGAUUUGUGGAGACUCUGGUGGUGGCCGACAGCAAGAUGGCAGCAUUUCACGGCACCGGGCUAAAGCGCUACCUGCUGACGGUGAUGGCAGCAGCGGCCAAGGCCUUCAAGCACCCAAGCAUCCGCAACCCCGUCAGCUUGGUGGUGACUCGCCUCGUGAUUCUGGGGCCAGGCGAGGAAGGGCCCCAAGUGGGGCCCAGCGCCGCCCAGACCCUGCGCGGCUUCUGCGCCUGGCAGCGAGGGCUCAACACCCCCGAGGACUCGGACCCGGCCCACUUUGACACGGCCAUUCUGUUCACCCGGCAGGACCUGUGUGGGGUCUCCACCUGCGACACUCUGGGCAUGGCCGACGUGGGCACCGUGUGUGACCCGGCUCGGAGCUGUGCUAUUGUGGAGGAUGAUGGGCUCCAGUCAGCCUUCACCGCUGCUCACGAACUGGGCCAUGUCUUCAACAUGCUCCAUGACAACUCAAAGUCAUGUGUUGGUCUGAAUGGGCCUGGAAGUACCUCCCGCCAUGUCAUGGCUCCUGUGAUGGCUCACGUGGACCCCGAGGAGCCCUGGUCCCCCUGCAGUGCCCGCUUCAUCACUGACUUCCUGGACAAUGGCUAUGGGCACUGUCUCUUAGACAAGCCAGAGGCGCCCCUGCAUCUGCCUGUGACUUUCCCCGGCAAGGACUAUGACGCUGAUCGCCAGUGCCAGCUGACCUUCGGGCCUGACUCACGCCAUUGUCCGCAGCUGCCUCCGCCCUGUGCUGCCCUCUGGUGCUCCGGCCAUCUCAACGGCCAUGCCAUGUGCCAGACCAAGCAUUCCCCCUGGGCCGAUGGCACCCCCUGCGGCCCGGCGCAGGCCUGCAUGGGUGGCCGCUGCCUCCACGUGGACCAGCUUCAGGAUUUCAACGUCCCACAGGCUGGCGGCUGGGGUCCCUGGGGAUCAUGGGGCGGCUGCUCUCGGAGCUGCGGGGGCGGCGUCCAGUUCUCUUCCCGGGACUGCACGCGGCCGGUCCCCCGCAACGGCGGCAAGUACUGUGAGGGCCGCCGCACCCGCUUCCGUUCCUGCAACACCCAGGACUGCCCAGCGGGGUCAGCACUGACCUUCCGCGAAGAGCAGUGCGCCGCCUACAACCACCGCACCGACCUCUUCAAGAGCUUUCCGGGGCCCAUGGACUGGGUCCCGCGCUACACGGGGGUGGCCCCCCGGGACCAGUGCAAACUCACCUGCCAGGCCCGGGCCCUGGGCUACUACUACGUGCUGGAGCCACGGGUGGUAGACGGAACGCCCUGUUCCCCGGACAGCUCCUCGGUCUGUGUGCAGGGCCGCUGCAUCCACGCCGGCUGUGACCGUGUCAUCGGCUCCAAAAAGAAGUUUGACAAGUGCAUGGUGUGCGGGGGGGAUGGUUCCAGCUGCCGAAAGCAGUCCGGCUCCUUCAGAAAAUUCAGGUACGGGUACAACAACGUGGUCACGAUCCCCGCGGGGGCCACUCAUAUCCUUGUCCGGCAGCAGGGGGCCCCCGGUGUCCGCAGCCUCUACCUGGCCCUGAAGCUCCAGGACGGCUCCUACGCCCUCAACGGUGAAUACACCCUGAUGCCCUCUGCCACGGAUGUGGUGCUGCCCGGGGCGGUCAGUCUACGCUACAGCGGGGCCACCGCGGCCUCAGAGACACUGUCAGGCCACGGGCCGCUGGCCCAGCCCUUAACGCUGCAGGUCCUGGUGGCUAGCAACCCCCAGAACGCUCGCCUCCGGUACAGCUUCUUCGUGCCCCAGCCGGCCCCUUCGACGCCGCGUCCCACCCCCCAGGACUGGCUGCACCGCAAGGCACAGAUCCUGGAGAUCCUCCGGCGGCGCCCCUGGGCGGGCAGGAAAUAACCUCAUCGUCCCCGCUGCCCUCUGCGGGCACCGGGGCCUCGGACUGAGUUGGGAGAGAGAGGGGGCUUCCGCGGCUGCCUCACGCUGCCACGGCGGGGAGGGGCUGAGACUGUGAGGCCUGCCCUCCUCCCCUGCCCUGAUGCGCAGGCUGGCCCUGCCCUGGUUUCCUGCCCUGGACGGCAGUGACGGGUGGUGGAUGGAAGGGGCUGGGGACAGUCCCCCAUCUAAACUGCCCCCUCCACCCUGCUGGUCACAGGAGGGAGGGGGAAGCCGGGGGCAGCAGUUGUAUUUAUUUAGUAUUUAUUCACUUUUAUUUAGCACCAGGGAAGGGGACGAGGGCUAGGUUCCUGGGGAAACUGACUUCCGCCCCUCAUAACCCUCACCCCGGCUAGGAAAUCCAGGGUGGUGGUGAUAGGCAUAACUGAUCCGUGUGUGUGUGUGUGUGUGUGUGUGUGCCUGUGCGUGUGUGUGUGUGUGUGUGUGUGUGUUCACGUAUAAGGUACAUCCUGCCCUGCUUUCUUCUCCCUGAACUUUGUUUUCUGGGAAAGGAAGAGUCAAGGGGAGGAUAGGCCUUCAGGGAGUAAGGGAUUAUCAUAUUUUUUAAAUAUAUAUUGAAUUCUGCUAUUUAUGUGCUCCUUUGGGAGUCAGACACAUGUGGGCUUGCACCCCGGCUCCACACCUCCGAACGUUCGUUUCCUCAGUUGCCAAUAAUAAUACCUCCCUUGGAAAUUGUUGUGAGGACUAAGUCAUGUAAAUAAAGGACUAGCAUCGUGCCCGGCGCUGGGUCAAGUGCUCUGCGGUGGCCGCUGCCUCUAGGUGGUGUCACCGCCGCUCUGCCUGCCUCCGGCGUCCAGGGGCUCGGAGGUGGCGGAGAGCACGUCAGCGGUGCCCACCCUCAGCCCCAGGCCACGCUCCUCUGGUGGGCAGAACGCCGUCCUGCACUCGGAGGGACUCUCAGAGAAAGGACGGCUGUGUCCCUGAUCCCUGGAGACGCCCAGUCAAUGGAGACAGAAUAAACGCUCGACCCCAGACACAGUUGAUAAGAACGAGAAGGCGCAAAGGAAAACAAGAACAGCUCCGUCCACACAAAAGGCACUUAGGACUGAGGGCCCCUCGUGGGGUCUGGUGGGGAUGUCAUUGUAGGAAGGGCACUGGAGAGGGAGUCCCCGGGCAUGAAUUUGAGUUGGGGUUCAGUCUUACCGGCUAGUGGUGUUGGGGAAGUCACUGGUGCUGAGCCUUCGGCGGCUCUUAUGCGUCAGGGGGCUGAUAAUACCCGUCCCCACCGGGUUGUUCUGGAAACAGUUGAUAACCACAGUUUCAGAACAGCAAAGGCCGAACCGCGUGAGAGGUUACCCUUGUGACUACUGAGUGAUUAGGACAGGGGCCCCCAGAAUCAACCGGGGCAAACACAGCAGACGUCUCUGAAGGUGUGAGGGUAGAACGGCAUUUAACAGAGGGCAGGGCAUGGUUUGGGAAGUCCAGAGGGCAAGGAGAAUGGCGGGGAGGCGGGUCUGGGGGGCUGGACAGCCAGGUGUUCCCUGGAGGUCGACACAGGGAACACAGACUCGAGGGGCAGGAGGGCACCAGACACAGCUGUACUUUUCCUUCCGAGCAGGUGGCCUUGCUUAAGAAAGAACCGGGGCAACCCUGUGCGCGUCGUGGAGGACGCGCGGUUGGAAAAGGGGUGGCAGGUGGAUCGGAAGGAUAGGCAGAGCCCUGUGCGAAGUCCGUGCGAGGUACACACACACACACACACACACACACACAGAGCGUGACUGACGGGGCUCACCCAUCGGAAACAACAGGACGUUGCAAAGCUCUGCAUCAUAAGGGCCAGAUAAGCCAUAGAGCCUGAGCCCAGACUCAGUGGGCUGUGAGGGGUAAGGAGGGUGAGUCUCAGGCUGGGCUGAGCAGAGGGCCACCCUGACGGCCUUCUCGCCUUUCCGUCGUGCUCGCGGGAGUUCACACUUUGAAAGUCACCUUCACAUGCAGCCUCUUAACAGGAGGCCCUUCCCUCACCGCGUCGGGCUCUGCCUGGCAUAAAGAGGAAACUUUUCUCAGGGGUGCAUGGGUGGCUCAGUCGGUUGAGCGUCUGACUCCCGGCUCAGAGGGCGUGAUCUUGCAGUUCAGGAGCUCGAGCCCCGCAGCGGGCUUGCUGCUGUCAGCACAGACGGUGGUGCCUGCUUUGGAUCCUCUGCCCGCCUCCCCCACCGAUCUCUCUCCGC